UUGAAGUGCGACCAAUAUCAACAGGAAGAGAUACAUUAAGCGUUACCUUUGCUUAGUUCACUUCUUUCACCACACAGGAUACGGAUGGAACCCCGACCGUUCGCGACCAGUACCUUCGGCGUCAGACAUGGACGACUGUUGUCGCGGUCCCACCGGCUGUUGCCGCGAAGGUUACCGGUGCGUGCCAAACUAUCGCACGUGCGUGCGAGUGGGCGCGGAGCCAAGACCGAGCGGAGUUACGAAAGUGCUCGUGGUACCCGUGGUAACCGGGGGCCAACAAGGAACCGGCAUCUCUGGAGGAACCGUGGGAGGAUGCGGUGGUGGCGGCCACUACUGCUGGUACCGCGAGCGCUGCUGUCACAUAGCGCAGUCGGGUGCCCACCUGCCGACCAGCGCCCACCCGACAACGUCCUGCUGUACCCGAAGCAGCAGCCGUCAGUGUCCUCGCAUCCGCGGCUGCCUCAACCCAUUUGGCGUCAACUCGCCUCCCGGUGUUUACAAUCCACCGGGCUACCGGCCACCGCCAGCGUUCGAGAAUCCGCCUGCCUUUAACUGGGACCGCGAACAGCUGAUGAUGCAGAGGCACACGUUGGUGCCUUCACCGGCCGUCACUUUGCUGCCGUCCAGCAUUGGUGUCAUCAUGUGGGUUCUCGCAUAUGUGCCUCUUUUCAAUACCUGUAGCUGAUGAUGUAUAUCGCAAUCUAUUGUUCACUAAUACAUGUAAUUACAUAACAACUCAUAAGGUACUGCUUUUCUUGUUCAUUCUGAUAAUAAUGGUAAUCGGGGGUUUUACGUGCCAGAACCAUGAUAUGAUGUGUUUCUUUAACGUGCACUGACAUCGCACAGGACACGGGCCUGUAGCAUUUCGCCUCCAUCGAAACUCGACCGCCGUGGCCGGUAUCGAACCCGCGACCUCCGGAUGAGCAGCUGAGCACCAUAACCACUGUACCACUGCAGUGAACUUUCUUGUUCCUUCUGACGCAUCGUGAAGCGUACAGUGGCGUAUCCAGGGGGGGGGG